AAUAAUAAAAGCAACUUAAAUAUUUACUUUUAGCCAAAGUAGGUCUGUAAGUUAUGUUUCCAACACAUUUAUAUUUCUAUCAGAGUACAUUUUGGUUUGGAUAAUUGUUUAAAACAUUGCCGUGUCAAAUUGUUGGUCAUGCCUUUAAUUUGAAGGUUGAGUCAUUCUGUUUCCUGUUUAACGAUAAAAACUGACGCAGCGGAGACAACGUGGGUCUCCCGGACUUUGACACUCCGCCACUGAUAACUAGUUUAAAAAGUUGCGCUCUGUCCAACCAGCGACUCGAUCCUCGGGAUAAACCCGCCUGUAAGGCUCCGGACCGCGGACAUGGCUGACCUGUGGGUCUCGCUGGGUGUUCUGGCCGCCGCGGUGCUGCUCUGCGAGGCGACGCGCCGAGCUGCGGCGCGUUUUCUCCCCGGUGUUUGCUGGAUUUACCUGCUGGAAGCGGCGUCCACCUUCCAGCUCUGCUGCUGCACCCAGGAACUCAAACUGCUCGCGGAAUCCGUCCGCUUGGACCUAUCGAUCAGCUUGACCCUCACUUAUGUCGUCACCGUUGUUCACUUAUCAACUUUCAGGGAAGCGACGUGUAAUCCCGCUGCGGCUCUGGAGAGAGCCUGCCGCGGCGCGGCGAGCGGCAGAGCGGCGGCGCUCCUCAUCGCCGUCCAGCUGGGAGCCGCGGUCGCCGCACGGUCCUUUGCAGCCUCCGUUUGGUCGCUGGGGCUGUCGGAUAUGCACCGCCAGCACCAAAAGCUCGGGUUCCGGUGCAUCGACCCGCUCGGCGGGACCGUGCUGGAGGCUGCCGCCGUGGAGCUGGCGUGCGCUUUCGCGGUGCAGGCCACCGCCAUGCACAUCCACAAGCUGGAGGAGAAACUCCGAGUUCACGUCUUCGCUGCGGUCAUCACCGCUUUGGUUUACACAGGUGGGAGUAUCUCUGGAGCCAUUUUUAAUCCAGCCCUGGCUUUCUCUGUUCAGUUCCCCUGCAGUGGCCACACCUACCUGGAGUACUGCUUUAUCUACUGGCUGGGUCCAACGUUGGGCAUGGCGAGCUGCAUCCUCCUGUUCGAGAAGAUCGUCCCGUUUCGUUCUGGAAAGGGUCCCGCUGAGACAGACGGCUCCGUUCCACAGAAAGAGAAGACGCAGUAGAUUUUUGUUUUAUUUAAGUGGGAGAACAAUUCUGGAUGAUUAAGACUCUUCUCUGUGACUUAUGGGGACGUGCAACAGGACUAGAUUGGUGAAGCAUCACUGAUUAGGGAAAAACCCUUUUGGAAAAUUUAUGCUCUAGAACCAUUUUUGCCACCUCCGUGACUUUAACAAAUCUGAACAUGAACAGACAGAAACUUUUGCUCUCACCACGUCAUUUAUGAGAAGCAACAAUGAACCAGCAGAUGAAGAGUUAGAUUUAAAACAUGCUAUGUUUUAGUGACGACUAAAAACUCAAUAGUGACCAAAAAUAACAUAACUGUUCAACAUAAUCCAAUAUGGCUGAUGCAUUGAAGUUAAUAUUAUGCCUAUCAUUAAAAAUUCCAUAGAAAAAACUGUAUUUCAUAUAAAAUGUAAAAGUUCUGUUUUGAUUGCGUAUGUCUGGGAUUAUUUUUCCACAUACGAUUAGCAUUGGUGGUGCUAAAUUUAGGAAGGUCUUUAAAUAUAAUAAAACUCACUUCUCUUGUAUUUACAGCCUUUAACCAUUUUAAAAUCUGACUAAAGUUUUUAUCAGACUCAGUUGUUUUAAACAUAUUCAUAGCUAGCAAUCCUGCUAAGGUUAGCUAACUAUUACUGUACUUGGGUUUAGAGCAGCGCUAAAAGUAUAUACAUUCGAUUAAUAGGAAAUUUAUGUAGGCUGCCUGCCCUGCUGGACAAUUUCUGAAUAAUCCAGAUAUAUACAUGUAGGUUAGCUAAUAAAAUUAUGGCAUAAUUGGUUUGAAUUGUUAGCUACUUCAAAGUUAGCUAACAGUUAGCUAAAAACACAAACCAUUUCUUACACUUUGAUCAUUUUUUCUCUUGAAUACGAAACUGUUCUCAAACGUUUUGUUUGUUUUGUUUUGUUUCUUUUUUGGGGGGCAUUUCUCUUUUAGCCUUAUUUAGUCUUUUCACAACACCAUUGGGUCCUCAACAAUACAAAUCUAAUCUGUCUGUUUGUAUGCCAACUCAAAGUCCCAACAAUAAAACUCCAGUUUAUUACAUUCCUUAGAGCAGUGGUUCCCAAAGUGUGGGGCGCGCCCCCUAGGAGGGGCGCAGUGCCAUUGCCGGGGGACGCCGUAUGGAUGAAUGAAAAAAAAAAAACAAAAAAAAAACAGUUACACAAAAUUGUUUCACUAUAAAGAUGGUUUGUAGUUUGUUUUGUUGCAACCUGAAAUUUGAAAUAAACAUAAAUGGAGUUUGAAAACAAAAUAUGUGUUUAGGUUUAUGUCUGGUUCAACGAUGUGUGCGCCCAGUUGAUUUUUUUUUGUUUUGUUUCUUUUUUGGGGGGGAUUUUAUUGUAAUCCAUAGGGGGGCCCAGAAAAUCUUUGGGAACCACUGCCUUAGAGAAAAAUGGUUAUUGUGUUAUAUAAUUAUAUGAGCGAACUAAUUUUGUUGGAAUAUUGUUUAGUUAUUUUGCUUAUUUUAAUUAAAUAAUUACAUAUUUCCUAAAACCAGCAAUCCAAAUGCAUGGAGGUUUUGAAAAUGCACUGCAAAAUGUUAAUGCCUCACUCUUAACAGACCACAGUAACGUUUAAUCGCAUGUUUUAUAUGCAUCAAAUGGCUCCAUAAGUGUCCUAUUAAUAGCAUUUAUGCUCUCUAUGCAAUACAGUGAACCCGUAUUCCUGCACAAAGUGCUGACGAACAUUUCUAAGAAUGUAUGAACACUCCAGCUAAAUGCAGCCAGGUCAAUAUUUGGUGACAGUUUCUCUUAAAGGGUCAAUAAAGUCCAUCUACAGACGCUGUAAAAAGUUAGCACGCCCUCUGACGAUGAGUUUUCUGUUUAUUCCAACCACAGUGUGCAAAUAUUUACUAAAUAUUUGAUCAAAAUGUAAGUUACUCAAAACGAUGUAGAAUAAAAGCCACAGAAACAGAUGGCUGUACUCUGCCUACCCACCUGCCUGCCUUUCUAAAAAUGGCUGAUACUGUGAAAUAUUUUUAUAUAUCCGACAGCACUUGAAUGUUGUUUAAUUAUCUUUGUUUUAAAUGAAUUAUUCACAAAAGUUGUAUUUUUCUUUUCUUUUAUAGAUGAAUAAAUAAGGAAAAGAGCAUUUUAUGACAGCUUUGAUUCCACCAAAAGUGUUUCUAUUAUUUUCAAAACUUUUUGUUGAGAUUUCAGGCAGUCAUGGUAAGUUAAUUUAUUUUAGAUGAAAGUAAUUCCUCGGUCUUUAGAUCUUUUUAGUAAAGUAUUGCUGCAUACAUCACUCUGAGUAAUAAUAUGCUGUGCUGCUGCCUGGAUGAAGUAUUGACACAGGGUGCUGAGGAUUGUAGUAAACGUACAACUUGCUUGUGUUCAUCUUUUUCAAAUGUCAGCUAUUGCUAAUAGCUCAUGUUGCUAUAAAAUAAUUCAUUUUUCCGAUUUGCUGUUUGUCAGGAAAAUGUACGUUACGUUUCUAGGAAACACGGUUUUGUACGUGUGUAAUAAAAAGGCAUUUAUUUUUAAUAUGUGAAGUAUUUUGAUUGGAAUAAAAAGUAAACAAGUA